GGAGACACCUACCCACUGGCAGCCUCUGCCAGGCACGAAAGCAGCCAUGUUGGUCAAAGUGAACAGUUUGAGGCAGAUACAGAGCUCUUCAAACAGUUCUCUUCAGCUGCAGAGUGCUCCAGAGGCCAACAGCCAAAAAUCUCUUUUAAAACCAGCCAUAUAUGCUCAGCCUCAAUCCACGUCCCAGAGCCCUGGAGCCUCAAAGCAAAUGCCUACAGGAGAAACGCAGCCAUCUAUGCAGAUCAAAAAGAUGGAGAAUGGUGGGUUUUGUGUAGUGCUGAUGAAUGGUCCAACUUCUCAAACACCUCCAAGGAGCCAGACAGGAACCCCCCAGCCUGCAUCCCCCAAGUAUGCCUCCCCUGCGCCUAUAUACGAUGAGCCAUCUUUAGAGUCUCCAAUUUAUGAUGAGCCACCGGUAGAUAUGGACACUGAGAGCAUCAGUAUGAGUGGGAUGUCUCCACCAAGGUCACCGAGCAAUAGCUUAAAAAAGCAGCUGCAACCAACAAAAUUAUUACAGCAUCCAGGUAUGCAACAGCAGCAAGCUGCAAAGAAGCAUGCAAGAAAUCCCUCUUCCACUGAAUACAGCCCGGCUGGCAGAGAAUAUAUAAAACACAUGGUCAAUGUUGACCAGUCUUCCAAACUCUCCCACUCCUCUGCUGCAACAGCUGAUGCCUCUACUAAACUGCCUGGUCAGCUUUCUUCAAAGGACAGCUUCAAGCAGUCUUGGAGGAUCUUGGAAGCCAACGUUCUCAAGAACAUGGAAGCCCACCACAGUCGGCAGAACAGCCUGCCAACUCAAGAGUACCCAACUGGUAUAAGCCAUCAGGAUUCUGGUUAUUCAACUGGCCCUUCUCCAAGCUUGAGAAAAAAGAAAGGAAGGAGGCAGGGGACAGGUCAAGGAAGACCUGGCUCUGUGGGCAGCAGCAGCGAGCUCACAGCUUUGAAUGAUAAGCUGAUUGCCGAGAUGCGUGCUGUGGUGGGCAGGUCAGCAGCUUGCAGGGGAAGCAAAGCCAGCCUCGAUGCUGAAAGUCUGGAGAGUGGCAUCCCGUCAGAGAGCAGCAAAGUCAGAUUUCAGUCCGACCACUUGAAAAAAUGCAUCAACCGGAGCUCGAGGGAUGAUGUCUCAGCUAGUAAUAGAUCCCUGUAUAGACAGGGCCUGGAAAGCAGGGGCAGCUUUCCCAGCGAUGUGGCUGCUCCACAGGACACAGUGAGGCAGAAGAGGACUUUUGAGAAAAUAGACUCUUUAGAAAAGAAUGUGACCAGCCAGACAAGUUUGGCUUCAUCAGAUGCUACGCGCCACUCCUCCCAGCCCGGGACAAUAGAGUUGGACCCUAAGCAGGAGAGCAGCAGCCAGCCUGGCAGCUGCGUGGGAUAUCAUUUCCCUUACAAUACUCUACGGAAGCCCAUCUCUCAGAGCAGCAUGGCAGACUGGGCUUCUAAAAACCUGAACAUGCACACGCAGGGCAUCUUCCGCCGAAGGAUCUCCAUCUCCAACAUGCUGUCCUGGAAUGGCGGCUCUAUCAAAAAGCCAAUGCUCAUCACUAGCAACCGCACCAUCAAAAAAGAGGCGUGUGAGAUGUUCAAACUGGUGCAGAGCUACAUGGGAGAUCGUCAGACUCGCAUGGACCGGAAUCACGUGGCAUUGGUCACGGUCACCAAGUGCUGGAGCAUGCAAGGUCUACGGGACGAGCUGUACAUACAACUGAUCCGGCAGACAACAGAUAAUACAUGCUACCGGAGUCUGGCAUGGGGCUGGGAACUGAUGGCCAUCAGUCUGGCCUUUUUCUCCCCAUCACCCAAAUUUCAGUCUUAUCUGGAAGGUUACAUUUAUCGCCACCUUGACAGUGACGAAAACAUUGCCCAGCGCAUCAAGGAGCUUGUGGAUCUGAAAAACAAGAAGAAUUCAAAAUCCAGGAAAAAGAGGAAACAGAACACCGAGGAUGAAGGCCUGCCCAUCAGCACCUACGCCAAAUACUGCUACCGGAAACUCCAGAAAGUAGCUGUAACCGGAGGCAAAAAGGGCCUUCGUAAACCAACAGUGGAAGAGAUAACGCACGCCAGGAGUGCCAUCGUGACACCAUCCCUCUUUGGCAGCUCUCUGGAGGAAAUCAUGCUGCGGCAGCAGGACAUGUACCCGGGUAACAAACUGCCCUGGGUGCAGACGCAGCUCUCGCAGCAGGUCCUGGCUCUGGGAGGAGAACAGACAGAGGGGAUUUUCAGGAUACCUGGUGACAUAGAUGAAGUCAAUGCACUGAAGCUGCAGGUGGAUCAGUGGAGAAUUCCAAGUGGCCUCAGUGACCCCAAUGUCCCAGCCUCUCUUCUCAAGCUCUGGUAUCGGGAGCUGGAGGAGCCCGUGAUCCCCCAGCAGUUCUACAAAGAAUGUAUCAGCAACUACGAGAACCCCGAUGCUGCCGUGGCCGUGGUGCAGCUUUUGCCGGAGCUCAACAGGCUGGUGCUGUGUUACCUCAUACACUUCCUGCAGAUCUUUGCUCAGCCAUCAAAUGUGGGCAGAACGAAGAUGGAUGUGAAUAACCUGGCCAUGGUGAUGGCCCCCAACUGCCUGCGCUGCCAGUCUGACGACCCUCGCAUUAUCUUUGAGAACACACGCAAAGAAAUGUCCUUUCUUCGCAUGCUGAUAGUGCACUUGGACACGAGCUUCAUCAAAGGACUGGUUUGA